UCGGUAGAGUUGGCAGAGGGCGCUGGCUCAGGAACCUGGCGGUGGCUCGGGCUGCUGCUGCUGGGCUAUUACUCUCUGUGUGUGUGUUGGUGGCUCUCUCACUCUUUUCUCCUCCCCUGUCUCUCACUCACUUCUUCUUUGACAUUUUUACUUCUGAAAAUUUUCUUGCUUGGUAAAACCAGGGCUAUAAAGGAAUACUACACUCGUUUAGCCCCCUCAUCCAGUGGGCAAGGAGGAACUACUGUCUCACAUCCCCAACACCGUUCCUGGCACGGAGAGAGGAUCAGCCACACAGACCGACACAGCAUGCUUUCCCAGGCAUGGAGAGGUGUCAAGAUGUCACUGAAAGUGCAGACGAGUAACAUCACAAACAAGAAUGACCCCAAGUCCAUCAACUCCAGAGUCUUCAUUGGGAACCUCAACACAGCAGUGGUCAAGAAGUCAGACGUAGAGACCAUCUUCUCUAAAUACGGCAGGGUGGUGGGCUGCUCCGUUCACAAGGGCUAUGCAUUUGUACAGUACUCAAACGAGAGGCACGCACGGGCUGCUGUCCUGGGGGAGAAUGGGAGAGUACUCGCCGGGCAAACCUUAGAUAUAAAUAUGGCUGGAGAACCAAAGCCUAACAGACCAAAAGGGCUGAAGAGGACAGCAUCCGCCUUGUACAGUGGCUAUGAUUUUGACUAUGACUACUACAGAGAUGACUUCUAUGAAAGACUUUUUGAGUAUCGGGGACGGGUCUCUCCCAUACCCAGGGUGGUUCCUGUGAAGCGCCCUCGAUUGACCAUCCCUUUAGUAAGACGUGUAAAAGCAACACUUCCAGUCAAACUCUUUGCCCGCUCGGCUGCCAUUGCAAACAGCUCCACCAAAUUAAAAUUGAAAUGCAAUGAACUGCAGACAAUUAAAACAGAGCUGACGCAGAUCAAAUCCAACAUUGACGCUCUUCUGGGCAGAUUGGAGGAGAUUGCUGAACAACAGAAAAUAUCGACAGAGGUUAGAAAGAAAGCAGAUGGAAACAAAAGUGAGAUUUCCCAAGAAGACACAGCAUCAGAGGCAGAAAUGAACACAGAGGAGCCACUAAACGGGGACGAGGGAGAAGAGGAAGGCCUUGUGCGGGACGAUUGUGAAGAUGAAUUGGAGAAUAGCCAUUACACAGAUGUGGAGGACUCCAGCCUACAGUAACCAGCAUGUUCAGAACGGCAGCAAUGAACAGAGGGAGGACAGCGAGAGGUUAAACUCUGCCUUGGCAUGUUGAGCCAGACAAGCAUAACAUGCAGGACUGCCAUCAUCUCUCUGCCUGGCAUCCAAAAGGAGAAACAUGGACCAAUCUCUCCAAGCCGUUUCGUAGUACACAGCAAACUAGUCAUCCCAGUGGAUCCUCCUCAUUGCUUCCCCCCUCGCCCCCCCACCAACAACCCAUCCUUGUACUACAGACUCAGAGCCCUGCUGCCGGCACAAGUAUCACUUGUCCUGUGGUCUCCAAGAGCCAAAUAUUGGAAUUGGUCUUAUAAAUGGCAGGCAAAGAUUUGAAUUUUAUUUUUUCUUUCUAGCACCAGGGAGAGAGAAGCGACAUAAAGAGACAUGUUCCUGAGACAGAUAGGGCCAUGAUGUGCAAUAUGAAGAGAAAGGAAACUAUGGUGCCAUGUGCAAUUUACGGUUUUGCUUUUGAAAUCCGGAUGGUGACGGGGAUGGCCAGGGGCACGGUGCCUCUUACUGGUCCGCUUGCCUCUUUCAAAUCGUUUUGGUCCAGCACCACCCUGCGGCUAUAGAGAGACUGUGGCCUUUGGAGCAGGCCUUUGGAUGUGCAGUGUGCCC